CAACUCUCUCUAAAAGACGUCCCUUCCUAUAUAUACGUAAGCUCUUAGGUUCUUCCUCCCCCGAAGCUCACGCUACAUAUCAAACCAUCAUCCCUCAACAUCCCGCACUGCAAACUCAUCAUGUCUGUUUUCCUGUUUGUAGGGUUUUCUGUUAUCUUGUAUGUCUUCCUCUCCCUCAUCCACCAAAACAUCAGCAAGAAAACACCAUCUUGCCAUGGCCCUCCUUCUCAUCCCAUCAUAGGAUGUCUCCUCUCUUUCUACCGGAACCGUUUCCGCCUCCUCGACUGGUACACAGACCUCCUGUCCCGAUCCCCCACCCAGACCAUCGUCAUUAACCGGCUCGGUGCGUGCCGAACCGUUGUCACCGCCAACCCUAGCAACGUCGAGCACGUCCUCAAGGCCAACUUCCACAACUACCCAAAGGGCGUCCCCUUCACCAGCAUCCUUGGCGACUUACUCGGCUGCGGCAUCUUCAACGUCGACGGUUCUCUCUGGACCACCCAGCGCAAGCUCGCCAGCCAUGAGUUCAGCACCAAUUCGUUGAGGGACUUCAUCGUGCAGAAGCUUGAAGCCGAAGUCGAGAACCGGCUCUUGCCACUUCUCCAAGGCUAUGCCGAUACUGAUCGAACCCUCGAUCUUCAAGACUUGCUCAGGAGGUUCGCUUUCGACACCGUGUGCCAAGUGUCUUUAGGCACUGACCCAGAUUGUCUCGACCUCUCGUGCCCACUGCCUCCUCUGGUGACUGCCUUCGAUGACGCGUCGAGGAUAUGCGCAAUGAGGGCUGUCUCUCCAGUGUAUCUGGUUUGGAAGAUCAAGAGGGCGUUGAGCAUCGGGUCCGAAAAGAAGCUUGCCGAAGCCGUCAAGCUCGUGCAUGGGGAUAUACUCGAUAUAAUCCGGAACAGGAAGAAGAAGCUGCUCCAAGAUAACGAUGAUCAGCAGAUAAAAUAUGACGGUGACCUCUUGUCGCGGUUUAUUGCGGCCGGGCACAGUGAGGAGAUGGUGCGGGACAUGGUGAUAAGCUUCGUGAUGGCUGGAAGAGACACCACAUCGGCGGCCAUGACGUGGCUCUUCUGGUUGCUCGCCCAGAACUCGAAUGCCGAGCAAGCGAUCAUGAGCGAAGUUGACUCGAUUCUUGACCGGAGCAAUAACAAGUGCUUGGACUUCGAAGCCUUGAAGGAGAUGAGGUUCCUGAAGGCAUGCCUUUGUGAAUCGAUGCGGCUUUACCCGCCGGUCGCGUGGGACUCAAAGCAUGCCGCGGUCGAUGACGUGUUGCCGGACGGGACCCCGGUGAGGAAGGGGGAUAGAGUGACGUACUUACCGUACGGGAUGGGGAGAAUGGAGGAGCUGUGGGGGAAGGAUCGGUACGAGUUCAAACCGGACCGGUGGCUGGUCGGACCGGGAAUGGAAGGUAGUCCCGAGGGGGAGUUGAGGGCGGUGAGUCCAUACAAGUACCCGGUUUUCCAGGCCGGUCCAAGGGUGUGCCUCGGGAAGGAGAUGGCCUUCAUCCAGAUGAAGUACGUGGUGGCAUCGAUCUUGAGGAGGUUCGAGAUCACACCGGUUCCGGAGAACCGGCCCGUCUUCCUUCCCCUGUUGACUGCCCAUAUGGCGGGGGGGCUGAAGGUUGCGGUCAAGAAGAGGAACUAAUCGGAAGCUGCCAAGCUGUUGCAACGAAAGGAGCUGGAGAGUACAUAAGAUAGGGUCGGCGGCAGGGUGAAUGCGCGUCGUUUUUGUAGCUUUAAAGCCUCAAUCGAUUCAGUAGAUUGAUGAAGUAGUGUUCAUGUGGACAGAAUGCCGUCUCCUAUCAUUGCCUCGGUACAUGAAUAUCUACAUAAUAACACGGCCUGGUGGAGAAUGGACCAAAUGCACAGAUAAAUAAGUUAGUGGAGAAUAAAAAGGGUUAUUAGGUCCCGAUGGAUGACCUCUAGGAAUCCAAAGCCAUUCUUACAUGUAUCAUUGUGUGAAUACGAUGAUUUACUUGAGUGAUUGAUGUCAAA